AUGUCUAAUCAAAGCUUAACUACUUUAUCAUAUCAAUCACAAAUUAAUGACAACUUUGAAAGUCAUGAUAAAUUUGUUAAUAAAAUUAAAAAUUAUGUAUAUAAUCUUGGUUUUACUAUUAGACUUGGAAAGUUCAAAUAUUAUAACAAAUCUGAAAAUGAAGAAAAGACUGUUCGAAAAAGAAUAUUACUAUGUUCUCAAGCUGAUCUUACUUAUAAUCAUUUAAUGGUUAAAAAAAAUCAUAGAUUUUUUAUAUCUAAUGAACGGAAUAUUUCUGAUGAUGUUAAACAGCAAAUAGAAUUAUUAUGUCAAGCUGAUGUAGAUGUUCCAACAAUACAUACAAUAUUAAAAGAAGAAUUUGGCGAUCAUGUUACAUGA